AUGACUCACAAAGGUCCAUCGCAUGCUACGGCCCCAAACGCAGUCUGGUAUAGCAAAUUGGACCAACAAGUUGCUCUAUUUGGAAGCGUAACCGGAACCGCAGCAAACAUCACUGGUAUCGCCGCCAUAGCAAAUGGUGGCACUGGAGCCUCAACCGCAAAGGCGGCUGAAUACAACUUGUUAAAACCAACCGUUUCAACAGAUGCUAUUGGCGAUGAUUCUGAAGUUGCUUUUAAAUAUGUAAAUCCAACCAAUACAAAUGGCGUUGUUUACGCUAGGAAAGCCAGCCUAUUAUGGAAUUACAUAAAAGGUAAGCUAUCUGGCACUGACGUAAAUAUUGGAGGCAAUGCUGCGACGGCAUCCGCAGCCAAGGCUGGCUCUGCCCUGGAGUCCGCCAUCAACGCCAAGCAGGACGACAUCUCCGACAUGAUCCCGACGGCUGCGAGCGCAUCCAACCCGCUAUGUGACAAGGCGUACGCCGACGCCAUCGGCGAGAGGCUGGAGGCUAGGUUCAUCACGGCGGACGCAAGCGGCUCCCCCUUCGCCACACACGCCGACCUUGUAGCGGCAACGUCCUACUACUACCACGGAUCCACGGCCACCCCGGACAACAACGACAUCACGCUCGUUAUGGCCGACGAGGACCAUCUCAACGCAGCCGACCAGCCGUCCACGACGCGCUACCGAUACAACGGCGUAGACUCGGAAGGAAAGCCUGUGUGGUCCUUUGAGUACGUGGUCAACCCGACCGCGCUGAACUACGACCAGCUCAUGGCCAUCAACUCAACAAUAACGGCGGCAAAGGUAGCGACCUACGACGGCUACGAAACUGGCAAGCAGGAUAAACUUACCGAAAUGACGGAAGACGAAGUGUCCGCAAUCAUAGGAGAACUGAAAGGUAUUGCGGACCGUGCGUACAAGGACAGGGCGGGUAACAUUAUCGACGAGACCUACAGCAAUGUUGGACACAAACAUCUGAACUACAACGACAUCGUGAGUGACGAAAGCACAAGCGACGUGACUGACAUGACGGAGAUUCUUACUUCUUAUGCUGAUAACUUCGGUUAUAGUGAAUCCCAUCCUGAGACAUACCGCAGGCGCGGUUCUUCUUUUUGGAACUACAUCAAAGGAAAGUUAUCUGGCACUGACGUAAACAUCGGUGGUUCUGCAGCCAAGGCAAAGGCCCUUGGCGUCUAUAAGGUUUCAUCAAGCAGUGGUUACCCGAAUCUUGAUGAUGCUAUGAGUUCAGGUUAUUCGCAGUUUCACAUUGUGGAUAAAGGCACAUCAAGUGACGUAACCGAGUGUGGUUGA